UCCUCACUUAAACUCAUUCUCGGGUGUUUCAUGUUUGGGAGAUCAUGCAUUCGAUGCUUCAUCCAUUACUCAGUUACGUCUUUCUCAAAACCUGAAAAAAUACAUUUGGGUUGGGGUUUAGCAGAUGCAAUAGAGAUGGACAAGGAAGCCAAGAAGGAAGCUUUUAGGAAGUAUCUGGAGUCCAGUGGAGUGCUUGAUGCCCUCACCAAAGUACUUGUUGCAUUAUAUGAGCAGAACGACAAACCUUCCUCAGCAAUUGAGUUCAUUCAGCAGAAACUAUGUGGUCCAACUGUGCUUGAACAUGAAAGGCUACAAGCUGAGAUGUCAGAUCUGCAGAUAAAGUAUAAUGAACUUUUGGCGGCACACAAGAAAACCCGCCAGGAGCUUGAGGAACUUAGAAACUCGCAGCCCAUGGCAGCUUCUAAGAAUACAGUGGAUGCAGAGACCCCAAAGGAUGGAUUAUGAAGAAGCAUCCACCAUAGAUUCUGCACCAUAACAUAAUCAAUCAGCCAUUAGUUUGUAGAAAUUUGUUAUAUGAUUGAGAAUACUGAUUUCAAGUGUUGUAUGAAUCCUUUGUACCUCAGCCUUUUUAACUGGUGUUUGCACUAACUGAUGUUAUUACACCUUUUCUUAGGAGUAGUCUCCUUC